CCAAUUCAGUUCAAUUCCUGAGAUUCAACUAAGAAGAUGCCUGCCUCUGCUGAUAGUGUUUUCGUUGCCCGUUCUGCGGGUAUAUCCGCGGAAGGUGUACGCGAUCAAUAUGCGGACGGCAAAGCGGCUAAAGUUUGGGAAAUAUUUAUUGGGGAUAAGAAUUCACGUACAGAAAAUUAUAAGAAUUUCUUAGUUGAAUUACUGCGUUCGAAAGGCUGCAAGCGUAUUCUCGAUGUGGCGUGUGGUACCGGCGUUGACUCGAUUAUGCUGCUUGAGGAAGGGUAUGAAGUGGUUUCAGUCGAUGCUUCCGACAAAAUGUUGAAAUAUGCACUGAAAGAGCGCUGGAAUCGACGUAAAGAGGCAGCAUUUGAUCGUUGGGUGAUUGAGGAAGCAAAUUGGCUGUCCUUGUACGACGAUAUUAAACCAAUUGUUGGCGAGGGUUUUGACGCUGUGAUUUGCUUGGGAAAUUCAUUUGCCCAUCUUAUGGAUAAUAGUGGAGAGCAACUGGAUCAUAAACAAGCUAUUAAAAACUUUCAAAAGUGUCUUAAGCCUGGUGGCAUACUACUUAUUGAUCACAGGAACUAUGAUGAUAUUUUGAAGACGGGAGAUACACCAGCGAAGAGUAUAUAUUAUAAUACAAGCCAUACGGCUGACAUUAAAACCUCUGUGCUCUUGUAUUGUGGAAAACCCGCAAUGGUUACCAUGGACUACCAAAUUGAAGGAAAUAAUUUGAGCAGCGAAUUUCGACUUUCGUAUUACCCACAUGCACUGCAAAGUUUUACUGCAAUACUCAAAGAAAUUUUCGGAGAGAAAUCAAAACAUAAGUUAUAUGGUGACUUUAAAGAAAUACAAACUGAGAAGAAACCCGCCUUUUACAUACAUCUUAUUGAGAAACAGUGAUUGUGUUGUUUUUAAUUAUUAAUAUCUAUAUAAUUUUAUAUGAUCAGCUUGUGAAUGUGUUAUCCAAUACUACGCUAUAUGUAUGCAUAUUAAUUUUACUAUGUAGUCGAUUAAGAACAUUUAUUGUACAAAUGGUUGUUAACAUAUCCCAUAAAAAUUUAGUGCAUUUAUUUCACGUUUACAUUAUACAAUUAGUGUCCUAAAUAAAUAAUAAAUUUUUUUUAUAAAACCCUAAUGAAAACUUGUUGACACGCCCACGAAAUGCAGUUAACCGUGAAGGUAUAAGUGCUAUAACAACCCAAUAAACUAUGUUACAAAGGCAA